AAGAGCGGGAGAAGGAGGAGGAGGAGGAGGAGGCGGCGGAGAGGAAGAAGCGAAAGGAGAGGAAGGAGGAGGGGGGCGAUGCCGAGCACGAGAAGGCCGAGGAGUGGAAAGGGAGAGGGGCCGGUGGGAAGAAGCUCUCCUCCGUGGGCGACAAAGGCGGAGAUGACAAGUUGACAGCCGCAGGUGACUCCCUGCGAGGAGGGACAGGGCAGCGCUCCGCGGGUCGCCUGGGCAGCAGCUCGGGGAGCGCGCGAGGAGGAGGAGGAGGAGGAGGAGGAGGAGGAGGAGGCGGAGGAGGAGGCGGCGACGGCGUCCCGCACGACGAUGCCAGCGGGGCGGAGCGGGCGAGCGUGGCGGAGCGGGCGGAGCGGGCGAGUGUGGCGAGCGUGUCGCUGAGCCCAAGCACGCCGGAGGGCGGCACCAGCGUCUGGAGCCGGAGCUCCACAAAGGCCGGAGCCUCCGAGCGCUCCGAGCGCUCCGAGGGGGCGGACAAGCCGAGCGCUCGCUUCGCCCGCCGCUCCGCGUCGUUCGACAACGAGGAGGAGGAGGAGGAGGAAGAGUCGCCCGGUGGAUUCGCCUCGCGGGGUCACGGGGUCACGCGCAGCUUCCGUAUGCCCAGCCGCAAGGGCACCGACCUUGAGGAGCUGGGAGAGCCCGAGCCUUUGGUGGCGAUCAGCGACCGAGCCGAGUUCCUGAACAAAACGGUGCAGCGGAGCUACAGCCUCAAGUCACCACGGCCCAUAUCGAAGAUCGACACCAAGCUGUACACGAGCGCCGUCGAGCAGAGCGCGGUGCGAGGCUCCGGCAGGGCGGUGCGCCCGCUGGCGGUGGAGGUUCCCCUGCCGGCGGACAGCGUGGCGCUCAGGAAGAGCCUCUUCGAGCGCGGUGACGUGGCCUCUCCAACGUCGCCACGUGGCAACCCCACCCGGGACGUGUCGGGUUUGAACGUCGGCAUCGCGAGCCGAAUCAGCCAGUGGAGCAACAAGAACGAGGAGGGAACCGCCAAGGGGAGCGCCGCCCGUCCCUCCGACAUCCGACCGGGUGAUGUCUCCACGAAGAAGAGCAUCUGGGAGAGUAAGCCGAGCGCUGGCAGCGCACCGGAGAAAUCAGCUGCAGCUCCCAGCAAGGGCAACCCCAGCGGCAAGCGCUUCAAGUUCGUGAUGGUGGCUCCUGGCAAGUACGAGAAGGUCCCCAUCGACUCUGCCACCGGCGCCAACCAUUUCGCGAACGGAGGAGGCUCGGAGCACGAGGAGAGCGAGCAGUAGCCGAGCCACGCUGAGCGCGCCCCCACACACUACCCGCAGAGCGCGCAGAGGUCGACGGAGAGGGGGCUGACACGCGCACAGAUGGGUGCACGGACGGAUACAGGGACGUACACGCGGAUGGACGGACGAACUUUUGGACAGACACACAGACGGGCACACGGACGCACGGACAGACACGUGGACACACACAUGGACGAGCACACAGAUGAACACAUGGACAGACACACGGGACAGGUGAACGGACGGAGCAUUUGGCCGUGCGUGAAUUCCCAGCGGCUGCCUUCCACUGCAGUCCUCGAGGCCCCCCUCUCCCCGAGUCAUCGGAGUCCGUGCAUCGGCUGGUUUACGUCGCAUCUGUGGGCUGAUGGUUGGGAGGUGGCACGUGGAUGGACCAAUGGUGGACCUUGGUGGAUCAUGGUGGAUCAUGAUACACCAUGAUGGACCAUGAUUGGACACGAUGGACCAUGGUAGAUCAUGGUGGAUCAUGGUGAACCAUGAUUGGACACAAUGGACCAUGGUAGAUCAUGGUGGAUCAUGGUGAAUCAUGAUUGGACACAAUGGACCAUGGUGGACCAUGAUUGGACACAAUGGACCAUGGUGGACCAUGAUUGGACACGAUGGACCAUGGUGGAUCGUGGUGGACCACGGUGGACCAUGGUGGACCACGAUGGACCAUUGUGGACCAUGAUUGGACAUGGUGGACCAUGAUGGACCAUAAUGGAUCAUGGUGGACCACAGUGAAUCACGGUGGCUGGCGUUGAAACCCCACCAGCUCAUUGUCUGCUCCCAGUCCGGUCGUCAGGGACUUGUAACGGUUAAUGUCGCGCUAACAA